AUGUGGAAACCUUCAAAAGGAUCUGUAGAUGUUGCUGACAUAUCUCAACGUGUAGUGCAAACAGUUCAUUCCAGCUCAGCUUUACCACCCUCUCCCAGAGCUACUCAUCUCCAGGACUUUCUACGCGUUUUGCGAGAAAACCAUGGUAAUAAAUCAGAAGUAGUUCCACUUCUCGGAACUAUUCUAAAACAGUCCGAAACGCUGCUCUUCCCGUCCUCUGUGACGAUGUCUUUGAUGAAAACAGAACUUGUACAGACCGGUGCUUACCCGACAGAAGCCCGUGUACGCAGCUCUUUUGCUGCGUGUGGAGCGCAUUCUGUUUUAGGCUCGCUUUUGCAAUGGUUUAGCGAAUCCAUCUUGAUGCUUUUCACGUGCGGUUUGGAGUCAGUAGCAUCUUUUCCUGAAGAGUGGGAUGCAAGGCUUCAGAAGGAACGUGCAAAUAUGUCUUCACUGCAUCAAUACAUUUUUGAACUACAGGGCUUUGGGAUCCUUUUCAGCUACCUGUGGUGUCGCUUGGCAAUGGUGGCCAGCCUUUCUCAGACUAGCACCAAUGCGACGAAUUCCCGAGAAGAACUGGAGGGACUACCUUUUUUACAUGAAAAUACCAAUUCUACAUUUUUUAAGAGCAAUCAGACUGGUCAUGACAAAUCGAGGUCAUCUCACCAGGAAACUCAGAAGAUGAGAAAGGCCUCACAUAUGGCAUAUUUAUCUACACAACUUACAGUGAUGGACAAGCCCUUAGAAAAUGAGGCUUCUAAUAAGGCUGCGGCGGCUUUUCUCCCCCCUAUGACGUCAUCUGAGCAGAAUGAGGUUGUUGAAGGUGCUUCGUCUGCAUUAGGGGUAAAACUUGAAGCUGUCGGACGCAGCUCGGGUCCUUCAGUUUCACAGACACCAGGCUGCUCACAAACUAAUUUGCUCAAAAAGUCACAAAACUUAGUAUCUUUGGGUAGUCGUGUUAACAAACUUCGCGGUGCCACAGAUCCAUCCAAUGUUGUCCAACCCGCGACUUCAUCUGCUAAUCUGUCGGAAGCACUUAUAAAAGGCCACGGUUUUACCACGCUCUCUCAGAGCAAGAAUCCUGCACCAAAGGUGAGAAUGCCGUCAUUCGCUAAGUGUCUCACAAAUUCACCUAAUAUAGAGCGAGAUAUAUUGAUAACUAAAACAUGUGAUCAUGUACCUACACAGUUGCCGUACAAUGAAGACGCGCCAAUAGAAUUGACUUCAUGUCGCUGCUCAGUUUUACCGCCAAAAUCUGUUGCAAAUAAAAGCAGAGGUGGAUCGUGGUUCCCGAAGUCAAAUUCAUCUUCAAUGCCGAUAUUUCGACUUGAUGAAGCGGAGCAAAAUUCUACUAUUACUCCAACCAUAGACCCGAUGUUAAUGAAGAAACAAGGAGAACUUAGAUCCAUAUCAAUAGAGGAUUUUGCGCGGAAUGAACGCAAAAAAGCCCUUAAAAAGCUUUACGGUGUCACUGAAAUUAGGAAUUUCGCUCACGAAAGGGACACUAAGGACUACAUAAGGCACAUGGAUGAGUUGAGAGAUUUGAUAGAGAACGAAGGCACAAACAAUACGGAGGAAGCUAAUUGA